UCAGCAUAUUGACAGAAAAUCAUUGGCAACCGGUACCACUAACAACAUUUACAAUAGCGGGGUCGCAGGGAGAUAUAUCGGGUGGCUGUCUGGCCAGGGACCGCCAGCAUCAGUUGUAUUCGAACUAUCAAGCUCUUCACACGUCCACAAAUUUUAAUUAGAUUACAUCUGACAUCAUGUGGGAUGACGUGGUAGAGGAAGAAGCUCCGAAGCCGGCAGAAGCACCUGCAGAUGUUGCUUCAGAUGCCCCUGCCCCUGCCCCUACUGCUGAGGAAGGUGCUAAACCAGAAGAGGCUAUUCCACCACAGCCGGAAAAUCCUCUAAACGCUGCCGACAAAAGACUUGUUUGCAAACAUUGGGUCAGACCAAAAUUCUUCCAAUACAAUUAUAUUUACGACUACCAGAGGAAUUACUAUGAUGAUCUGAUUAGUUAUAUAGACAAACGUAAUCAUGGAAUACCUGUUGAAAGACCCCAACCACAGACUUGGGGAGAGCGUGCUCUUAGGACAUAUCUAUCGAGAGGCUACAGCUACAGCACUAAGAAAUACAGCAAAGAUACCACGCUCUUGAACCACAUUUCUGUUGGUGCCAAGUUCCAACGUGCUCAUACUAAGUCCCUUAUCUCGAGGAAGUAUUCCAAGCUUGGAAUUAACUCCGUAUAUCUAUAGCUUGGCUCUAACUUACGCUUGUCGUUGCUACGCGGACUUACCUUCAGGCUCCAAUCAUGAACUUAAAUGUCAAUGUUACAGGAUUUCGUUGUCGUGAUUCAACCAACACUGCCCUAGCUGACCAGAAAAGUAUAUAUGAGCUGUCCGCAUUUUGCAUAUAAUGUCUUAUUUUCAUUAAUAACGAAUAAACGAUAAGUUUUAA